GCAGAAGCACGAAAGCAUGCGUGUGCGGCGUGCCUCUGUGCAAGUGUGUGCAUUGGUGCCAACAGCAUUGCAGCGGCAUUGGUUCUACCUAGUCUACCUACGGAGUACUGUAUGUAUGUAUGUCAUCCAACCCGAGGUUACGAAUACAACGACAGCGGAAGCAACAGCAGCACGACAGGGUCAGCAUGGAAUGACAGUGCAGGAGGAGGUAGUGGAAGAAGACGGGAGGAAAGAAAAGAGGAGGCGGAGAAGGUCAAGGACAGACUACCUAAUUACGAAGCCGAAGCCGAUGAAAAGACAGACAGACGUAUCCGUCCGGAAGAAGCAACAGCGCAGCGCAGCACAGCAAUGGACGCAAGCACCGUCGCCGAGGCCCCCUCCUCUUCUCCCGACUGGCCGCGGACGUGGACUCUGACGGCGCGGUGGUAUGUACCUCAACUCAUCCACUCCCGCUUCAGGGCUCCCCUUCCCCCCCUCUCCACUACAUCCUCGGCCAGCAGGCCCAAGGAUAAUGGCCCGCCGCCCAGCACCUCCAGUUCGGAUCCCAACUCACACAUCCCUCCCUUGCUCAUUCUGAUGGAGCCGGCCCAGCAGGCCCAGGUCGGAUCUAUUCUGCUGUUCUGGUGGCCCGGUGAACAAACACUGGAGCCCGUUCCAGUUUCCUAA